AUGGCUUUGGUGUACCGAACCACGCUGCAGUUAGCUGGAAUUCUGUUUUGCUUGUUGGGAUGGGUGUUAUCCUGCCUCACUACCUAUCUACCUCAGUGGAAAAAUCUCAACCUAGAACUGAAUGAGUUGGAAAUCUGGACAAUGGGACUCUGGCAAGCCUGUGUAGUCCAGGAAGAAGGGGGAAUGCAAUGCAAGGAAUUUGAUUCUUUUUUGGCUUUACCCCCCGAGCUCCAAAUUUCUAGGAUUCUGAUGUUUGUAUCCAAUGGAUUAGGACUUUCGGGCCUCUUGUUCUCAGGUUUUGGAUUGGACUGCUUGAAGAUCGGUGAACAACAACAGGAUCUAAAGAAGAGGAUGCUGCUGUUGGGAGGAAUAUUCUUUUGGAUAUCUGGAGUCACAGCCAUAGUCCCUGUAUCUUGGGUUGCUCACAUCACUGUACAGGAAUUCUGGGAUGAAAACAUUCCAGACAUCGUUCCCAGGUGGGACUUUGGGGAAGCACUGUUUAUAGGCUGGUUUGCUGGCUUCUGUCUCAUCUUAGGAGGCUCACUGCUAAAUUGCACUGUCUGUUCUACUGAUGCUCAAUCAUCCUCAGUCCAUUAUACAGUGGCAGAAGUGCAAGAUACCUGUCAACACUUGGAAAGUGACAACAGACCCAAAAGCCUAAGAGUCUGA